AUGAACGAGUCGUACUCGUAUGUGCAGUUCUCGCAGACGCGGCCGAGCGUGCACGAGUACUCGUACCCGAACCUCGACGCGAUCCGGCCCGAGCGGCGCGCCGCCGCCUACGACGACAAGCGCUACCACGCCGACGACGUCAUCACCGCGCAGCCGCCGCUGCUGCCGACGAAGGGCAAGAAGAAGAAGGACCGCGGAGCCGGCGGAGCAGGAGGAACGUUAGGGGGAGGGACCGCAUUUGGCGGCGGCGGCGGCGGCGCGUACAAGCACCGCAGCCUGCUGACGCCGCGCUGCCGCUACUGCCGGCAGCCGUACGAGCCGACGGCGAACGAGCGCGGCGACUGCGCGGACGCGCCCGACCGCUGCUUGCGCUGCAUCGACGCCGUCUCGUGCAUGGUGUGCGCGCGCUGCGUGCUCUACCACUGCACCGCCGAGAAGGACGACGGCGGCGGCGCGCUCGCGCACCCGUGCUCGUGCGAGCGGCCCCCGGCGACGGCCGACGGCGACGCCGGCGGGCUCUGCCGCCACUGGGCGGGUCUGUUCUGCCUCGCGCUGCUCGUGCCGUGCCUCUGGUGCUACCCGCCGCUCGCCGCGUGUCGCCGCUGCGCGGUCGGAUGGGGCUGCUGCGGCGGCCGACAUAAACCCUACACGUAG